UGCAGCGGCAGUCUUUUAAUAUAUUACCUGUUAGUUUGGGUAAAAAAGACUGAGUAAUUUAAAAUUUUAAUUAAAUAUGGAAGUUAAUAUGAAAUAGCUGGUUAACUGUUAGCGGUUUGUCUUUUGCACGCUACAGUUGUAAAUAAACGCAGCUGUUUGUCGGCAGUAACACUAACGGUAAUAUUAUAACGAUAAAGAUUUAAUUUCUUUCUCUCUGUAAGCAGCUCUGUGUUUAAUAUGUGUAAAAACCCUUCAUUGCAGAGCUGUAGGAGUGGAUCAGGUCGCUGAGGAGCUAAAGCUGGUGCUUGACAUUUAAUUAGUGUCCCCUGACCUUUCCUUUCCAGCAUCUGUGCAUUUUCUGAGCCUGAAAUACAGUCACACAUAUUCCACCUCUUACAUUCACCAUUUACAAACCUACUUUCAAAUGUAAUAAAUAAAUAACAUUACAAAAGGAUAUUUGCAUGCCUGUAAAGAAAGCAACAUAUUACACAACAGACCGGUGUAAACACAACUGACCAGUGUAAACAACAUUUGAAAAUGUUUCAAAUGUAAACAAAAUAAUAAUAAUAAUAAUAAUAAUAGUAGUAGUAGUAAUAAUAAUAAUAGUUGCGAUUGGGCCCAAGCAAACUGUGCCAUCGCCGCCUGGCUGCACUACACAACCCGCAUGUUUUUCGAGAUAAGGCCUUCAGAUAGCCUCAGAUGCUGGAGAAAAAGUGUCACACUAUGAUGUCACUCAACGUGAUGUCACUUAGACAAGUUUAAGGCGUCGUCACAGCUGAAUUAUGCUCGUGCCAUACAUCUCCCUAAUGUCGAAGCACAAACUCUUCCUGCUGCGGCAUGGUGAAGGAGCGUGGAACAAAGAGAACCGCUUCUGCAGCUGGGUUGACCAGAAGCUGAGCGAGAAUGGCGUCCUAGAGGCUCAGGAGUGCGGCCGGAUGCUGAAGCAGCAAGGCUACGGGUUUAACCUUGUUUUCACCUCCAUCCUCAGCCGCUCGAUUCAGACAGCGUGGCUCGUCCUAGAGGCCAUGGGCCAGGAGUGGGUUCCCAUCACCAAGUCAUGGCGGCUAAACGAACGCCACUAUGGGGCACUGAUCGGGCUGAACCGGGCUGAGAUGGCAUUGAACCACGGUGAGGAGCAGGUGAAGCUGUGGAGGCGGAGUUACGACAUCACCCCACCACCCAUCGAUGAGUCCCAUCCAUACUUUGCAGAAAUCUACAACGACCGGCGGUAUAACACAUGUGACGUGCCCAAAGAUGAGCUGCCUAAAACAGAGAGCCUGAAGGAGGUGCUGGAUAGACUCCUGCCUUACUGGAACGAUGUCAUCGUUCCUGAAAUAAAGAGAGGCCAAACUGUUCUCAUUUCAGCACAUGGAAACAGCUGCAGAGCCUUGCUUAAGCAUCUGGAAGGUAUAUCUGAUACAGACAUUGCGAAUGUUACACUCCCCACUGGAGUCCCGGUCCUGCUGGAGCUGGAUGAAGAUCUCCGGCCGGUGAAGCCUCGAGAGCUGCUGGGAGAUCAGGCCAAAAUUCAGGCUGCGAUCAAAAAAGUGGAGGAUCAGGGAAAAGUAGUUGCAUGAGAGAAAAGAAAUUAAAAAGUAAUAUAUUAAAAUAUAUAUAUAUAAUAUAUUUUACUAUAUAUGGCAAGAAGUUUAAAAGAAAUUAAAUUAUAGCAAGUUCUUACUUAUUUAUAAUGAUGCACUGAACAAGAGAAUAGUUACACUGUACUGUAUAUCCUUGUUUUGUAGUUUUGUUUGUUUUUUUGUUUUUUUUAUUAUUAUUUUACAAAGUCUGAUGAGGACGUGCGUAAAUUUUUCUUGGAUAGGACAAACAGGCACAUGCUUUCAUUACUAAUGAUACAGCACUUAGAUAAAUUGGAUUAAAAUUGAUGUAUACACUGCAUAAAUACAGUAAUAAGUUUGUGCUUAACCUUGAUUGCAGAUGUUUUUUUUAGAGUUUAUCUGGUCUAACUGGUCUGCACUGAAAGACUAGCUGUGCUACUGUCCUAAUUAAGGAGAGCCCAGGAUCCACCUAUGUUUACAUCUUUUGAGGAAUGAUUUUGUCAAACUGUUAACAGAUUUAGAACUUAGAAUUACUUUAAUAGUUUAAGUUACAAUAAGCAACUUUGAAACAAGCUAGCUCUAACCCAGUACUUUCUCUCGCUGCUUUGCUACGCACCUCCCAGGUCGUCUCCCUGCUCACUGUGAACUUGUAUAGUACACAUCUUUUUCUGUUACUGCUUUUCCAGCAUCUGAAAGUGGAAAUUAUAACAUUCACCUGGUGGGCAUUAACAUAAUGUAACUCACUCCUUACGAGUUGGUUCAGUUCUGGUAGUCAACACCUGCAGCCAAGCAGUCAAGCAGAAAUAAUGUCCAAUUGGGGUUAAUUUGGAAAUUCCUCUUUUCUCUCACCUCACUCCAUUUGCUUCAGCAGUUCUGAUAUAACUUUUUGAUCUAAAUUGAAUUUUAUUGGUGUGUGUUUUUGCUUAUCUUGCCUCCUUUUUUCAUGCACUUUGUCUUAAGUAUUACUGGAAUCUAAGAGCUUUCUAGUCCUCGAGUCAAUCGUGCUUAACAGGGUUGCCAGAUCAAACUAAUAAAUUCCCUCCAGACAGUGCUGAAAAUCUUUGGUCAGAUUGGAUUUGCCCAUGAUAAUGGCUCACCUUCAUAAGUGACUUAAAUCUGACUCUAAUGUGGACGUGUCUGUCUUUUGAAACGACGUACAUGCGCACAUAAAGUGAAUAUGUCUUUGCUGGCGUCAUCUGGGUUAAAACGUUAUAUUUGUAUUUUAUAUGUUCAAAUAUAAAUAUAUGUUUAUAUCUGAAUGCCUACUCAUUCAUUUUAAACAAUACGUAAUAAUAUGCUUGCUUUAGAGGAUUGCAAGCAGUUAGUCAGUCAGCUGUAUUUUUGAGGUCCAGAAAAAGGAAGAAAGCCAGACAUCUCCCUUUAGCUGUUUCCGGGAUUGUGUUGAUUAAUCAACAGUUCACUCCAGACUCCAGCAGACUCACUAAACCAUUAUGAAGAAUGACAACUUAUAGUUAUUUGGGUAGAAACAUAACCUGCUGAUGUAUUUUAUUUAGAAAACAGAAGAUUUCAAAUGUCUCUGGCAUCGACUCUGUUUUAGUUACUAAGAAUUCUUGCACCUUAGACAUUAGCUAGCAGAUACACACAUAGUAUACAGAACUCUUAUAUAAUGUCUUUAUUUAUUAGAACGAGAGUAUUUAGGGUUCAGAUAUAUUUCUGCUUUCUUUAGCUAACUCUCUAACUUGAAGUGAAUGUUGAAGUGAAAGUAAGGGUUCUCUGUGAUGUCUGAAAGCUAAGCAGGACACACACCAGGCCCAGUGUUUAACCUUUUUUUUUAGUUGUAAAAAUGAUUAGGUCUUUACAGGCAUUAAUUAAAGCUGUCUCUGUUUUUGUUGUACAGGUAAAUUGUGUGUUUUUUUGUGUCUCUGUAAUUUUCUUGUUGUUGCAUUGUGACUUAUAGUCUGAGGACAAGUUUUUCUUUUCUAUUGAAUGUGUAAUGUAUAAGAGUCAGGCUGUAAUUUUUGGUACAAUUAAUAUCACACAAACAUUACGUGCAUCCCCUGCUACCUUUAGCUUGAAAAUUGUCAUAGUGUUGCCAGAUUGUCCAUUUUUGCCAAGUUG